AUGUCUGAGCCCCGACGCUCGACGAGGGCGCGCGCUCGCGACGACGCCGCCCCCGCUGCCCCCGAGACGCCCAACGACAAGCCCGCCAAAGCCGCCAAAGCCGCCUUGAAGCGCAAACGGACCAGCCUCGCCGUCAAAGACUCGGCGCCCUCGACGCCCGUUGCUGAGGGCGCGCCGCUGCCCCCACGACAAACACUCCCCCUCCAGCUGGUCGACGGCGCGCCUCUGCCCACACUGCGCGAGCCACAGCCCCUCCAUCUUCCCUCGAGCGAGUGGCAGACGAUCCAGCAGAGCCGCGUCCUCGAGACGUCCUUCGAGCGCUCCAAGGCCGUCUGGCUGUCUGGCGCCAACUUCCGCACCUUCCAUGCCCACUUCAACCAGCCCAAGAAGCUGGCCGACCGGACGGAUGAGGACAAGGCCAGGACGGCGAGGCAGAAGGAGCUGCUCAAGAACUUUCCCCCGGUCGGUGCCGAUCGGGUGAGCGUGAAGCUCGUCAUAGAGCCGCACACAUUGCCUAUCCGCCUCUAUGGCCCGCGCGAGGUGGGCAAGCCAGCCCAGAAAAAGGCUCCCGUGCCAUCGCCGUAUGCUCCCUGGCCAAAUCACAACCAGCCCAAUCAACACACCAAAUACCAGGGUGGCCAGCCGAUACAGCAGAAACCUCAUCCACGCCCACCGCAGCCUCUCAAGCCUGUUCAGGCCGCGCCUGCGCCCCAGGCUCCCGCAGCCCCCGCCCCCGAUCCCGUCAUACACAUGCUUGCCGCGAGAGCAGGCACAGAUCCCGAGCUGAAGGCUGUCAUGAAGAUAGUCGCAGCUGGCUCGGCAACUAAGGAACAGCUCGAGUUCUUCCAGACACACAUCAACGAAUUGACGGCGAUCCUGGCGAGGCAGAAGGAGGAGAAAACGCCCAAACCAACUCCGCCAACGCAACCCCCCAAACCCACGCCACCGCCGCCGCCUCCAGCACCGAAGCAAACAGCUCCCCCUCCGCUUCCCCGCCCAGUCCAGCCAGUCCAGCAACCUCUGCAGCCCAGCACGCCCAAGCCGUACAGUCCGGUCCCGCCACAUGGACAGAUGCAGCAACCCUCGCCGACACAACAGCCAUAUCCACCCUAUGCGAACAACUUUAGCAAACCGCCGCAAUACCACCCACCGCCGCAGCUAUCCACCUACAAUCCACCCCCGAGGACAACAUAUCGCCCGUUAGUCUUCAGUUUUGUCCAUGGCAGCGAAGACAAGUUUUACUUCCCUUCGUAUAGUUUCAUGGAAUGGCUUCCCAAUGGCACAGGCGCAAAGCUGUCCUUCCUCAUCACCAAGAUGAAGCCAAAGCCUGAUCCUGUCGUCAAACCACCGUCUACCUCCGUUCAAAAGUCAAUCCCGACGCCGAUUCCGACUCUCGGUACUGCGACCAGUGCUAUGCCUGGCGCACCCCCACCGAAUGCCAUCAUACCGACACCCAGUCCCACAAACCCUGCUUUUGCGUCGAUACAACCUACCGCAUCAGCCCCCUCAGCAACCUUCGUGCCGCCUAAACCACCCCAGCGGAUCGAAGAUUUCGACGAGAUGAACGAGAUAGACAACAUUGAAUUCUACCAACCGGUCACUGUCCUUCUACUAAUCGAGCACGAUGAAGGCGACGAAAUCGCAAGCGCCUUGCCGCGCUCGAUACGACCACCGCAUGUCGUGGAGAAAUACAUGAACGAGGUGUUUGACAAGUGCAAAAGAGCAGAAGAGACGUACCUAGCCUUCAGACUGCCGAGAGACGGUGAUGAGUUGCCAGAGAAGAGGAUUAGGAGCGGCGACGUGACGCCUGCGGUCGCGACGCCGACUCAGGACGUGGCCAUGGGGGGGAUCGGUGGGUCUGCCAGUAGUAUGGCAGAAAAGAAGAAAGCUGGACGGCCUAAGAGGAGUCUUGUAUGA